GAGCCUUCUCGAUCAGCGUCUACUCCAGCAGUUCAUCGACCGGCGAGUUCUGCAGCCAAGCCUCAAGAUGGCGCCUAGUUUCCAGGAUCUCCCUCCUGAGGAGGAACACUAUGAUGAGGAUGAGGAUAUCGAUUUCUCCGACCUAAGAGAACAAUAUGAAGUACGGUUGGAGGAAGGCCUUGAUGCCUUUAUCGUUAUCGAUGGACUUCCGGUUGUCCCGGAGGAGAGCAAGUCAAAAUUGAUCAAAUUCUUGCUCCGGAAGCUGAACACUGUUGGCAAAACUCGCGAGGAUGCAAUCUUCAUGCCGCUUAACGACCAGAAGAAGUCCGAAGGUUUUGCCUUCGUCGAGUAUGAAACACCUGAACAAGCGAUCGCGGCUGCACGAGCUCUCCACGGUGUACCCCUGGACAAGAAGCACACCAUGCUUGUCAACAAGCUCACCGACAUCGAUCGCUACGGAAGGGAGGGACGAGUUGAUGAGGAAUACAAACCUCCUGUUAUUGAGCCUUUUGUUGAGAAAGAGCACCUUCGUUGGUGGCUCGGAGACCCGCACGCUCGGGAUCAAUUCGCCAUUUACCGUGGUGACAACGUUGGUGUCUACUUGAACAGGAAGAAGGAAGCUCCCGAAAACAUCGUCGAUCGCCAGCACUGGACCGAGUCUUUUGUCCAAUGGUCUCCUCAGGGCACCUACUUGAUCUCCGUUCAUGCCCAGGGUGUCCAGCUCUGGGCCGGUCCAAACUGGACUCGCCAAAAGCGAUUCGCUCAUCCCUUUGUUAACUUGGUCGAUUUCUCUCCCAAUGAGAACUAUCUGGUCACUUGGUCCCAUAGACCUAUCCACGUGGAUGAGGGACACCCCGUACUGUCCAUGGAAGAAGACGGAAAGAACUACAUCAUCUGGGAUGUCGCAACUGGCAAGGCUCUUCGAUCAUUCCAGACUAUCGACCUUCCCGGCCCAGCUGUCGAUGAAGCCGGAAAUCCCGUCAAGAAGAAGAUUCAAUGGCCUGCCUUCAAGUGGUCUGCUGAUGACAAGUACGUUGCGAGAAUGACUCAGGGACAGUCGAUCUCGAUCUAUGAAUUGCCCCGCAUGAACCUUCUCGACAAGACUUCGAUCAAGAUUGACGGUGUAAUGGACUUUGAGUGGGCGCCAGCCACGCCGCAGCGUGACGGUAUCAAGAAUUAUGAGCAGCUUUUCUGCUACUGGACCCCUGAAAUCGGCAGCAACCCGGCAAAGGUUGGACUGAUGUCAAUCCCGUCCAAGGAGAUUGUUAGGACACGAAACCUGUUCAAUGUCUCAGACGCGAAACUUCAUUGGCAAUCCCAAUCCAAGUACGUCUGCGUCAAGGUCGACCGUCACUCAAAGUCAAAGAAGUCUCUUGCAACCAACUUGGAGAUCUUCCGGGUUAAGGAAAAGGGUGUGCCAGUUGAGGUUGUUGACUCCAUCAAAGACACUGUCAUCAACUUUGCUUGGGAGCCGAAGGGCGAUCGUUUCGUUCUCAUUACUACCGCAGAAGUGUUGGCCAACACCGCCGUCCCGCCCAAGACUUCAGUUUCAUUCUUCUGCCCUGAGAAGGUCAAGGGUCAAGCAAUCGGUAACUUCAAGCACAUUCGAACCAUCGAAAAGAAGAACAGCAACGCCAUCUACUGGUCUCCUAAGGGGCGCUUCGUUGUAGUCGCCACGGUCCAUUCACAACAGAGCUUCGAGCUCGACUUUUGGGAUCUUGACUACGAGGGCGAGAAGCCUGAGAGUGAGAAGGAUCUGACGGCAAAUCUUCAACUCAUGGCUACCGCUGAUCACUAUGGUGUGACUGAUGUCGAAUGGGACCCCACUGGCCGAUAUGUGGUCACCAGCGCAAGCAUCUGGAAGCAUGCUGUCGAGAAUGGCUACCACAUUUACGACUUUAAGGGCACUCAACUACGUGAAGAGCACGUUGAGCGUCUCAAGCAAAUCGUCUGGCGCCCACGCCCCCCGACUCUCCUGACCAAGGAGGAGCAGAAACAGAUUCGCAAGAACCUCCGUGAAUACAGCAAGAUUUUCGAGGAAGAAGACCAGUACGAACUCGACAGCGCUAACUUUGCCAUUGUCGAGCACCGCCGGAGAAUCUUGGACGAGUGGCUGGCCUGGAGGGCCAGCGUGGAGGAAGAGCUCCGUGCUGACCGAAAAGAAGAAGGCUUGCCCGAAACGCCCAAGGAGGAUGCCGCUGAUGCCGAUGCCGAUGCUGGUGAAGGGGCCUUUGUUGAAGAGAUUGUUGAGGAGAUUAUUGAUGAGACGGAGGAAAUUGUUUCUUAGAGCAUCUCCUCCUGAGCAUGUCAUUUCAUUUUUGUUUCUCGGUCUACAAUUCUUUUAUCAUCACAUCUUUUGGCGUGCUUGCGCCAUCGGGAUGUCACUUUUCCGAUGUGUGUAAAUAGCGGAGUUCAACCGGGCUGGUCGACAUUCGUGUUGCAAUUUUGCUUUUGUAGCACGUACUGUUCGGCAUGCCGUUGCGUCUCACAGAUGAACAGCGACGCAAAAAGCAGAGAUUUAUCCAAUAUGUAGUUCAGAUGGUGUUUUACGAAUAUUUACCUAGGUACCUAGUUUAUUCAAUAAGUGACGAU